AUGUUUAAAACGAGCACGAUGGCCGUGCGCCUUGUGAAACACAGUUUGGCCGGUGUGAACGGUUUGCGCACAGUCCCUACUUGCCGCUGGCUGAGCGAUGAUCCUUCCAAGGGAAGUGCCGGUAAGGCCGGUACGGACGUUGCUCCGAACCAGGAACUUCAGUUGACGUAUCUCACCGAGGAGGACAAACAGGGCAUCGCGGUGCUGGGUCUGAAUCGCCCAAAGGCACGCAAUUCCUUCAGCAAAUCGCUCGUAAACAAUCUGCUCGAUGCGAUCGAGGUGCUUGCGCACGACAAAAACGUGCGUGUGGUGAUCCUGCGCAGCCUGGUAACGGGCAUAUUCUGCGCCGGAGCAGAUCUGAAGGAACGGGCCAAAUUCACCCCGCAAGAGGUGAGCCGUUUCGUGUCUAAGCUGCGCCAAAUGAUGGUAAAUAUCGAGCAAAUGCCCACACCGGUUGUGGCCGCCAUCGAUGGGGCUGCCCUUGGGGGUGGGCUCGAGAUGGCACUUGCCUGUGACAUGCGCGUGGUGGCUACGAACGCAAAACUUGGCCUGGUGGAAACGAAACUGGGCAUCAUACCGGGUGCGGGCGGUACCCAACGCUUGCCGCGCAUUCUCAACCCGGCCGUCGCGAAGGAACUGAUCUUUACAGCGCGCCAGUUUAGUGGCGAGGAAGCUAAAACGCUCGGCAUCGUAAAUCAUGCCGUACAGCCGAACGAAACCGGUGAUGCAGCAUAUCGGCGUGCGCUUCAGCUUGCCAUGGAAAUUGUCCCGAACGGACCGGUCGGAGUGCGCAUGGCGAAGAAAGCGAUCGACAAGGGACUUCAGGUGGACAUCGGCACGGGGUACGCGAUCGAGGAAGCUUGCUACGCACAGGUCAUUCCAACGAAGGACCGUCUCGAAGGGUUGCGGGCGUUCGCCGAGAAGCGGAAGCCAAACUUUAUCGGAGAGUAACGGAAUUCCGCCGCGCUAUAAACAUCCCAGACAUGGUCGAACAGUAGGGUAUAACUCUCUGUGAUAGAUGAAAGUGCAUUUAUUUUCCAUUUACACAAAC